AUGGCAAAGCGCAUUCACUGCGGCCAGAUUCACACUCGCAACGGCCCCCCUUGCAGCAAGAGACCGGCCAAGAGACCCAGGCACGACACGGGCCCUGAGGACGGCGAUGACGCCAAGGAGCAAUUCUGUCGUCGACAUGUAUUCCGUUACGGAAUCGAGUCGUCUAAGCUUUUUACGAUUCAACCAGGACACGAUAAGAGCCGAGUUAUAGAGCGAUUGAUAUGCCAGUGGUCUAUGGGCCAUCAACUCAUCUUUUUCUAUUUCUUCAAGUCCUCUGCAGACUUAAAGGACGAGUUUAUGUCUGGAGAUGGCACUCCCUCAACCGUUGCAUGGUCCAUUGCCCAUGUGGAGUACUCUACUCGAAGUCGCCGUGUGUGGUGUAUGGAAAGUGUAGCAAAGGGUUCUGCAACAGUGUACGACUCGCUGAGUUUAAGCACUUUGUUGUAG